AUGGCGGGAGGAGCAAGCCCCGGUGCGAGAGAGCUUGAUCAGACGCCCACCUGGGCUGUGGCUCUUGUUGUGGCUGUCAUCAUUAUGAUUUCAAUAGCUCUGGAAAAGGUUCUUCAUUCAGUUGGGGAGCUAUUUGAACAUAAAAAAAAGGAGGCUUUAUAUGAGGCUCUUCAAAAAGUUAAAGGCGAACUUAUGGUUUUGGGAUUUAUUUCUCUGCUUCUGACAUUCGGGCAGAGCUAUAUCUCCAAAAUCUGUAUUCCAGAGAGGCUUGCGGAUACAAUGUUAUUUUGCCCCAGAAAACAUCGCCAUUCCCAUCACGAUCAUCAAGAAAGCGGUGGUGGACAUCAUCGGAGACUGUUUUCAUAUGAUGAUGACGAUGACGAUGAUGUGCGUAGAUUUUUAGGAGGUGAUGGUGGCGGUCCAGCGUGCAAGCUUGGGCACGUGCCACUUAUAUCUGUGCAUGGAUUACAUCAGUUGCACAUUUUCAUCUUCUUUUUGGCAGUUUUUCAUGUGGCAUAUGGUGCCACGACAAUGAUGCUGGGAAGAUUAAAGACACGAGGCUGGAAGGAGUGGGAGCGGGAGUGUGUCAAUAGUGUUACUGAACUCAACAAUCCUUCAAGAUUUAGGCUCACUCAUGAGACAUCAUUUGUAAGAGACCACACCAGAGGAGCUUGGACAAAAACAAAAUUCUCCUUUUAUUUUGUAUGCAUGUGGCGACAAUUCUUCAGGUCUGUUCGCAAGGCCGAUUAUUGUACAAUGCGUCACGGAUUCGUCAGUGUUCAUUUAACACCUGGAAGUAAGUUUGACUUUCAAAAAUAUAUCAAAAAAUCAUUAGAGGAUGACUUCAAGGUGGUCGUCGGAAUUACUCCGGCAUUGUGGGCUUCAGCAGUCAUCUUUCUCCUUAUGGAUGUCCAUGGCUGGUAUGUUAUGUCUUUCAUAUCCAUGAUUCCUUUAGUGGUAACUUUAGCAGUUGGAACCAAGCUUCAAGCUAUUAUAGCACGAAUGGCACUUGAAAUAGUAGAAAAACACGCUGUUAUACAAGGGAUGCCUCUCGUGCAAGUCUCUGACCAGCAUUUUUGGUUUGCUUGGCCUCCGUUAGUCCUUCAUCUUAUCCACUUUGUGUUGUUUCAGAAUGCAUUCGAGAUCACAUAUUUCUUUUGGAUAUGGUACGAGUUCGGCCUAAGGUCAUGCUUUCAUCAGGAUUUUACACUUAUUACUAUAAGAGUUUGUCUUGGGGUAGUAGUCCAGUUCAUUUGCAGCUACAUCACACUUCCACUCUAUGCGCUUGUUACUCAGAUGGGAUCAACCAUGAAGAGGUCAAUCUUUGAUGAACAAACUUCCAAAGCCCUAAAGCAGUGGCAUAAGAAGGCUGCCCAGAAGAAAGCUGAAGCCCCUCCUCGUUCAAAAAUACCGGGGGGUGAUUCCUCUGACAAUACUGGAAGACAUGAUGGUGAUUCCGAUCAUCAGGAUGUCACCGUUGAAGCGCAGCCUAAUCGGACCCAAAGCAACAACAAUAACAACGAUAAUGUUGACCUUCUAACUGGACCAUGAUCAUGAUGUGAAACACAACAGGGGCCUCAUAUAGGAACUCGAUUUUAAGCAAGGAAUUUUAAUACUCGACAAGCUUUAGGCCACAACAACUACCUCCUAGAUUAGAGAUGGAUGCGAUGCAACUCAAACUGCCUUUUUUUUUUCUUUAAUUCAAUUAAUUGAUUAAUUUGAUUGUAACUACUGUAACUAAUGGGUGCGUGCAGCUAGCUUGUUCUAAUGUCAUACCCUUCAUCGUUUCUACAUGUAAUAUUGUUAUGCAACUCAAUUAAUUACUUUCU